AUGCAAGCGGCACCAAGUGAACUGUGUCCACCCCCUGUUCUACCCCAGACCCAACCAGUGGGUCAGCUGCCACCAUACACCAAUGGCGAAGGUGAUGAUGCAACGGCGGCAUUGAUCGAACCUUCUUUCUUAAAUGCGGCCAAUGAUUCGCGAUUGUUUCCCUUCAGCUAUCUCGACAACGUUUCUCUUCCCCCAAUUUUUGACCAACCCGUUCUCUACCCCGGAGUUUCAUUUAACGACUCUUUUGUUUCUCCCGUGUUCAGCUCUGAUCUCACCCAAGGCGACCAUUUUGGCGCUGGCGGCGAGCCCACCGGAGGGAUAUCAGACGAGAUUUUACAUAACCAAGCUCCUUUCCUGUCCGCCCCUGAGCCCGAACGUCCGCAUGUCAACACUACGCCCUUCCUGCGAGUCUCGCAGGAUGACUGGCUGUGGCUCUCUGCGCAAAUUUACAAUUUCCGUGCGGUUUUACCUGCAGAUUUCACUAUACCUUCUCGACAUGCCAUUUCACGAUACAUGCAUGGAUUUAUGACUGGCUUCCAUCCGCACUUCCCCAUCAUUCACCAUCAAACUCUCCAUUUCAAAAAAAUGGCACCGGAACUUAUUUUGGCCCUGGCCGCAGCUGGUAGCCAAUAUUGCUUGGAGUCACACCAGGGGUUAAAUCUCCUCCCCGCCGCGAAGGCCAUUGCGAUGGAACAAUUGCGACAACGUGAGGUUGAGAAAGAUGAAACCAAUCAUAUAUCUCCUUCAUCGUGGACGUUGAUUCAAUCUCCCAAAUCACUUCCCGGCGCAAAUCAAUCAAAUGAUGAUGGUUCACGUCUCAACGGCGGGGGUUUUGAGCCCAGAAACCACCACGAUAAUUUGGAAACCAUCCAGGCAUUGUUUUUCUUAAUGGCCAUGGCAACUUGGGGAGGUGAGCAUCGCUCACUUGUGAGACAAGCCCUUGGCACACAGAGUGUUUUGGCAAUGCUUGUUCGCCAGCAUGGACUUUCGGAAAAUCCCCAUGCCCCACCACCCACGAGUUGGGAAGGAUGGGCUAGAACCGAGAGUGCUCGCCGAACCAAAUUGAUCAUCUCCGCUUUUUUUAAUCUUCAUACUCUUGCAUUCAAUGUACCAUGUCCACUCCUCAUCACGGAUAUUCAACUGCGAACACCAUGUGCUGAGAUGGAGUGGAGGUCCACCGAUGCUAUCAGUUGGCGAAGAAUUCACCAGGAUUCAAAUGAGGCCCCUCUCUUCCAGGAUUGCUUCAAUGCGUUGCUCAGCAACACUGGAGUGUUGCCUGUCUUCUCGUCACUGGGCUCACAUGUGCUCAUCCAUGCCUUACUUCAGCGUAUUAUCACCAUUCAACAAGCGGUCAAACUGGUGGAUCCUGAAAGCCAGAUGGUUUCUGAGGUCACGUCAAGUAUGAAGCAAGCUUUGAAAAAAUGGCACCUUGCAUGGGAGCAAAAUCCCGAGUCAUCAUACAGCCCUCUCGAUAAAUAUGGCCCAAUUGCCUUCAAUUCAAGAGCCUUAUAUCAUUUAGCGUUCGUCCGUUUAUCGAUUGACAUCGGGGCAGCCAGCUCUCUUCUCGAAAGAACCGCAGAAGAAAUUGCAAAGAAGCUGCACGAUGGCCCUAGGCUACAGAAAAGCCCACACCUACUUCUCGCUGCAAAACAUGCGACUACUGCACUAUGCUCACCUGUGCAAAUGGGGGUGCACUUUGUUGGUCGUGCACCCAGUUGGUCAGUUAUGCAUGCCGUGUGCUCUCUCGAGUAUGCAUAUGCUUUGAAUCGCUUCCUCGAAACAUAUGCAUUGUCCCCAGGAAUCUUGCAGGAUGAGGAGCGGGCAUUGAUCGACACGAUAAAAGAGACGUUGUGCGAAGUGGAAACUGCACUGCCGGGUGGCAAUCCGAAGAUCAUUGAGACAGAACCUAGAGCCCUUGGUCCUAAAGCGGUCAGAGCGUGGGCCAUGAUUCUCGAAGGUAUGAAGACCUGGAAUGCUGUCAGUCUCAUCACAAAAUGUCUGUCCGCAUAUGCAGACCUGCUAGAGCAAGCGACCUUCCAAAACACAGCUAUGGACAUGUGA